AUGAACAUCAUUUAUAAAAGUAUUGUUAAAGAAAAUGUUCUUAUGCGAGCUAAAACUACUCUCAUUUAUUUGACCUGCAAACAUUCCCAUGAUGCUAAGGAAGAAAUUGAUGCAACUAAAAGAGAAUCUAAACGCAUGGCAGAAUUUCGUAAGAAACUUAGAGAAACCACUCCAAUUCAAGAUCUUGGAGACCAGCCACAAGUAUCACAACAAGAUGCUUUACCAGCGUGGCCCAAUAACACUAAUCCUCAUACAGGUGAAGUGGGUGGUCCUCGAGGCCCCGAGCCUACACGAUAUGGUGAUUGGGAAAGGAAAGGAAGAGUAUCAGAUUUU